CUCCUCCCACCACAAGACAGCGGAGUUUGCACGAGCACCCCAGAGACCCCUGCAGAGCGCGUUGAGACCUUUUGAGCACAGCGUGCCAGCAACCAAAAGACCACGCAUUGCCUCGUUUGCCCACUCUCUGCCUCCCCUGAGAGGCACGCCAGGGCCGCUCCUUCUCGCAGCAAUCCCACCGACGUGGCGCCAUCCUCCUCCGUGCCCGCAGAGCACGACAUCUUUAGGACGGGCCCGGCAGGCACGGCGGAGCUCAUCAUGGACCCCGGCGCUCCGCCACCAAGCGCCGGGUCUCCCCUUCCUUCGGUCAAUGGCUCAGCUGAAACACACUAUACAUAUACCGCGAGUAUACAGUCCAGCCCGCCGCCAAAACGGCCGCGGAAUGGCAGCACAAACAGCUAUUACGGCAAGCCAAUAUCGACCGACACCUCCGUCACGGCACCGGGAGCAGCACACAACUUCCUCAACAACGAGUUCGUCCUCUCCCAGGCCAGGACGUGGAUAAAGUUGUACAACCCAACGACACAGAGAUUCACCACGAGGGUGCCAGAAUCCACGACCACGGAAGCGCAAAAUGCAGUAGCCGCCGCCGCCGCUGCCCAGCCAGGAUGGGCAGCCACGCCCUUGGUCAAGAGGCGCUCCCACAUGCUUGACCUCCUAUUUGUGCUGAAGCAGAAUGCGCAGCUUAUUAAACAAUGCUUGACCGGUGAGAUUGGCAAGACCAUGGCCGAUGCCGAGGCCGAGUUUGAGAGAGGGUUUGACGCAGUAGAAACGGCCUGCGCUGGGUCUCGACAGAUGGCUGGUACACAUCACCCUUCUCAGUCGUUUGAGACCCAUACGGUCAAUGAACCCCUGGGGGUGUGCCUCUCCAUUACGCCCUUCAACUUCCCGUUCAUGAUCCCCAUGUGGUCGAUCCCGUACGCCAUCAUAGCGGGAAACACGGUCGUCCUCAAGCCGUCCGAGAAGACGCCCGGCGUGACACACAUCACGGCCCAGUGCUUCCUGCAGGCCGGCUUCCCUCCCGGGAUCAUCAACAUCGUGCACGGGACCAAGGCCACGGUGGACACGUUGCUCGCGCAGCCCUCGAUCCGCGCGGUGAGCUUCGUCGGGUCCGAGAUUGUCGGCGAGCGCAUCUACGAGCACGCCCGGGCCACGCGGAAGCGCGUGCAGGCCGAGUGCUCGGGCAAGAACCACGGCGUCGUGCUGCCCGACGCCAACAAGUUCAAGACGCUGUUUGCGAUUGUCGGCGCGGCGUUUGGCUUCGCGGGCCAGCGGUGCAUGGCGCUCAGCGUGGUGGUCCUGGUCGGCGGCGCGACCAGGGAGUGGCUGGCGGACCUGGUCGGGAUUGCGCAGUCCCUGGUCGUCGGGUCCCCUUCAACCCGGCCCGCCGCGGCGAAGGCGAGGAUCGAGGGCAUGAUCAGUGCCGCCGAGGAGGAAGGGGCCACGGUGCUGCUGGACGGGAGGGGGUACAGUGUGCCCGAGUACCCGGAUGGCAACUUUGUCGGGCCGACAAUCUUGACGGAUGUGAAGCGGUAUAUGAGCUGUUACCAGGAGGAGAUCUUUGGGCCGGUCUUGGUGUGUAUGGAGGUUGACACCUUGGAAGAGGCCGUGGAUCUGAUCAACACAAACCGAUAUGGUAUUGGGUGCACAAUCUUCACCGGCAGCCCGACGACUGCACAGACCUUUCAGAGGUCCGUCAACGUGGGACAGAUUGGCGUCAAUGUCCCAGUACUGGCCGCUUCCGGGUCCAUACUCCGCACAGGCAACAAAGAUUCAUUCCUUGGAGACAACAAUGUCCAAGGGAGAGGCGGUUUUGAUUUCUUCACCGAGACCAAGACUAUCACCACACUUUGGCACUAGACCUGAUCACCCACUAGAAAUAUAUAACCGUCUCCGAAAAUUAGAAAGGCCACCUGCAAAGGUUCCAUAAAAGUUCAAGAACACACCCCAGCAAAGUCACGGAGCCAGUUUCAAGAAAUGGGGGCA